ACGAGGCCCUGCGAGUACCUGUCCGGGCUCAGCAACCGAUCGAUGUCGUCGACGACUAAACAGAGAAGAAGAAGAAGAAAACACACAUAUCGUAUCCGACUUCAACAUGGCGGCCGCAGGUUUGAAAGUCCCGACUGAGAAGAAAAGCCAGUCUUUGGCUCUAGCGAGUAGGUGAAACGCGCAAUAACUGCGUUGAUUUACAGCAGUAACGGAAUAAGCGGGGACAGAAAUAAUGUCCUCCGAGAUGGACGAGUGGAAAGAGUUGUUCGAGAGUAGCCGGGUGAUUCCCCCGCACAGUCAGACAGCUCGCCUGGCCAAAGAGGCUCACCACACCCGGUCCCACGGCUUCCAAAUCACUGUGGCCCGCUUGGUUGGACCUCACUUACAGCAGGAGCUUGCAGAUGGGGAACAAGGGAUCACCUACCAGCUCCGAGUCACUCUGUAUGACCGGAGUCACCGGCACUUCUUUGGAAAAACAUGGAAGAGCUCACCCCAGAGGAAGAAGGGCAGCAAGAUAUUGUUCAACGAGGUCCUGUACUUCCAUACAUCUCUGCGCCUGCCCAGCAUGGUGGCGGUUCUGGAGCUGGUAGCGUUGUCAGUCAGGCCAGACGGCUCCCAGCAGGCCCUGGGGUGUGGCUUCACCAUCCUGGAGCUUUUUGCCGGUCGGACAGAGGCACAGGCUGCUGGCGGGGACAGACGACUGAAUCUAUACCAUGGAUCCCCCAGGAACCUGCUUCAUCCCCUGUUGGAGAGCACUACUGAAUGUGUCAGUUUCCUGAAGGCUAUCGAUGGAGUUCAUUUGGAUUGCAUUGUGAGAAGCCACACGGCCCUGGGUUCUAUGAUGCACCUGCUGCCAGAGAACGUGCUCGUGUCUGGGGAUGACAUCAUUCCAGGGCUGGCAGCUAGUCCAACAGGUGACGCCAUGUUGAAGCCUCAGAUGCUUAGGAUGGUGCCUUACUUCCUGGACAGGCUGACCAUCGCUCUCCACCCGUCCUUGGAAAACUUUGAGAGCCAGCUUCUGCAGCUUAUCAACACGGACUGCCACAACACAAAGCAGCCAGAACCAGACGGCACCCUGACGAUGGUUAUCAUCCAAGAAAGGAGGCUCCACGUUGGGGUCCACAAUGGCUGGUGUUUCCUGGAGAGGCCCCUGGUGGUGGUCCUGGAGCCACAGGCUUUGGGGCGCAAGGCACAGGCAGCCAGUACAUCCAAACAGAGCACCUUGGCCAAGGACGGCUCUGCAUCAGUGGCCCUUCCACAAGUCUUGGCCCUCCGCAGCAGCUUGGAGCUGAGGCUGACCAAUCACAGGGCCGUGGGGAUCGUCUUCCAGCUGGAGUAUGUCUUCUCUGCUCCCAUGCGCAACAAGACCACGCUUUCUGCAACGUCGACUUCCCGAAUGGCUUUCAUGCAGUGCAUUCGAUGGGGUGUUUGGUGCCCCUUCCAGAAGUCUGGUGACCGCAAAGGAGAAGAAAUCCAGUUUGCCUUGCAAGGAGGUCAAAUGUCAAACCCUUACGGCGUCUUGGUCUACAGCGCAGGCAGGGUCACCAAAAUUCAGGCCCUCAUGCCAAGCUCGGCUCCAAGCAUCACCCAGGAAAAAGAUUUGAUAAGGUUCCGCCUGUUGUCCAGCCAGGACAGGAGAGCGUACAGCCCAAAGGCAUCUCUGACAAGCAAACAGGAGGUGUCACGACUGAAAGGACCACCCUCGUCACCAUUGCAGGGAUCCCCGUCUUCUCCUCCAGGAUCACCUCAAGGCCCACCGCUCUCCCUGUCUCAGCUGGCAGCGACUUCACGCCACCCGGCCGUCGGCAACACCGGUGCUGCGUUGCCACGGCAACAGCAGUUUCCCUCUCUGCUCUAUCCUUCCCUGUUGGCAUCGGCCCACCAGCUGUCACAUGUCACUGGCCCAGCUCCCAGCAAUAUUGCCCACCUUGAGAUGGACCUGCAGCAGGACGAGGGUUUGUCGCCCUCCGCACACGAAGACAGCGACCAACUCCAGGAGCUGCCCUUCAACCCUGUCCAUGUCCCAGUUACCACCCUGGGGAGGCACACACCCAGCUCUCGCUCGGUCAGCUCCCGGAGCUCGCUGGCCCACCUGCACUCUGCAGGCUUCCCAGACAUCUUAGACUGUAAUGGGCAGGCGGCAGAGGUCCUGGACCCUACAGAACCAAUGCACUUUGACCCCCAGCGUGAGGAGGCUGACCCCCUGCAGGGCAACAUACUGGUGUUCCAGUUUCUGGCUUUUUCCAGGAUACCAUCAGCAGGCAUCGGUCCUGACUGGCCCGAUAACAUCAACUUCACCUUCCAGUUCUAUCGUUUCCCACCAAUCACAUCCCAGCAACUCAAACUACUGACCGCUGACAAGGCCAAGCAGAAAGCCAAUGAUCCAUUACCCUGUGUCCUGGCCUCCAUCAACAAGGACAGCUCCAUCAACUCCGGAUGCCCAGGGCUGCAGGUUCAGUUCAGAGUGGACGAGGCCUUCUUGAGGCCAAGUGAGAAGCGCUGGUUCCUGCGCUACCUGGCCCUCCACACCAUGCAGGUGGACAUCUGGGACAGCAGCUCCCUGCUCCUCAUCGGUUCCACCGCCAUCGAGCUCAAGUAUAUGCUGCGCCAGGGGCGUUCAGCCGUGCAGGCCCUUCAUGAGGUGGAGGUGCUGGCCACUGAUUACGGGGACAGAGACGCCUUGCUGACUGGCGGUGAGCUUGACCAACACCCGGACGCCUGCCCUGUGAAUGUCCACUCCGUCCUCAGGGGAAGGCUGCACAUCCGCACCGGGAACAUUGGAUGCCCAGCAGAUUCGAAAAGUAGCCAAGCAGGGGAGCGCCCACUGUCACGCUCGCACAUCAUCAGGCCUCGUGACACCAUCAGUGGCUUCAGAGGGGGCAGUCUGUCUGCCAGCAGCGUCCAUCAGCUCAAUGUGAGGAAUGUGGCACAGGCACAAAGGCUGGUGGAGAUUAACAGGGACCUUGCAACGCUGGUCAGGAGCAGGCGAGAGAGCGCCCCAGCGGCCGGCCAAAACUCCCCGGACGAGCCCGACGAAAACCGCCGGCGCAAGCUCGGCCGCAUGGCCGCCGUGCAUCGGAGAGAGAGCGAGGACGACGUGGAGAGCCAAAUAAAGGGGAUCAAGAUCAUGAGUCGACGGGAGGAGCGAGCCCAGCUGGCAAGGGAACUGCGUCAGAUCAAGGCCUACCAAGACCAGAGCAAGGCAGCCAGCAUCACCAACAUGCUGAGCCAGGCCAUCACAACCCAGCAUGUGGUUUACGCCAGCCUUGGCACAGCCGAGUAUAUGGAGUUCGUGCUGAAGAACCCCUUCAACGUGCCACAGACGGUCACUGUCCACAGCGGCGACCCCGAGCUCAGCAUCAUUACGGACACAGAGGAAUGGCGGUAUUUCAAGGCGCUUACCAAAACCCUUACCCCGCUGGAGGAGAACAUCUUCCACCUGGCAGACGGCGCACCAGGCCCCCAGGUCUACCUACGGCCCAAGGAGAGCAUCCACAUCCCGCUCAAAUACCAGACUUUCCUCAAAGAACACUCUGUGCCCCUUCAGGGACCAAACCAGCUACCCACAGGCAGAAGUACUCCCAUUGCCAAGAAGCAUCCAUCUAACAUUGUGCAGGCCAAGUCCAUCAAGGUGACAUUCACAGCAGAGGAUGGCAAGCCAUUGGCCAUCUGCCAUGUGAACGUGGAGCCAACACCGCACGUCAUUGACCAGUCCGUCCGCCUCUACCACCCUGAACUCUGCUUUCUCAAGAAGGCCAUCCGCCUGCCCCACUUCCAGCACAUGACAGGGGAACCAGUGGGAGAUCCAGAUGCCAGAACCCAAAUCUCUGUGCGCUGCAGUGACCCCAAUGUCAUCUGCCAGACAAAGAUGCUGGCACCAGGAGAGCCUCAGGAUGUGUACUUGAAAGUGCCAGGGAGUCCGAGUCCGCACCUAAAAAUGUUCUUUGUCAUGGUCUUCAUUGAUAAGUGGCAGGCAGCACCCGCCCAGAUCUGGCAGAUUUAUGUCCACUUCCUCGAACGGGUUGAUGUCAGCUGCGUGACUGGCCAGCGGACAUGUCAGUCACUGGUGCUGAGGGGGAAGCAGGCCAUGCGUAAAGUCAAAUGUUUCUCUUCGCACCCGCAGGAGAUCCAGGUAGACCCAGCAGAGGUGUUUGCUUUGCCUCCUGCAGCAGUGCAGGAGCUCCAGCUGAGGGUUCAACCAUGGAGGGCGGGCAGACGCUUCUUCUAUGUCAACGCUGUGGAUGUUGAGCAUCAGUACCUGGUCACCGCCUGGCUGCUCUGCCUCAACGUCCACAGGCCAGUAUUGUCCAAGGCCUUUGAAGUGUGUGUCCCAGUCGGCGGAGGUCGAGGAAGCACCCGGAGGAUCUCCUACACCAACCCUUACACCAGCGGACGAGUGUUUGUGCUGCACUCCGACCACCCAGACCUGCUUCAGUUUAAGGAGGACCAAUUCCAGAUCGGCGGAGGGGAGAGUUACUCCAUUGGGCUCCGGUUUGCCCCCAGUCAAAGUCCCGGCACCGUGGAGAUUCUGGUCUACGUGAACGACCUGGACGAGAAGACGGAGGAGACGUUCUGUGUAAAAGUCAAUUACACAUGACCUCAGACCAUAACACUUUUAUAGCACAGGACAGUCUUCACCCCCGCAGAACACACACAGGCAUGGAUGGUUAAUUCAAACUGUUCAAGCACAUAAACUGGCUGAAGAGACUGAGUGUUCCAAGUUUAUUUAGAGUUUUAUCUUUCGGAGAUUUAUAUUAUCUUGAAUA